GACGUUGCUGCCCGGGAAUGGUGCGGACGGGAACCUCCAACUUCAGUCUUGGCCUCCUGCGCCUGUUUAUCCUGCCAGUCUGGCUUGCAGCAGGUUGCAGACAUGUGCUCUGUCUUUUCUACACUUUCUCCAUCAUAUCUCCGGCCAGGCCUGGACAACCAUGGUAUAAGAUUGAAGGUCAGAUCAAUGGAAGCCCGUUUGUCUACUAUGACUCUCAGAGCAAGGAGCUCAAACCUGUUGGUCGUCUGGGGUUGCAGCUGAAGGACAUCCCAUUUUGGGAGAGACAGAAGGAAACUCUGGAAGACUCGUGCAAUGAGCUCAAAACGAAACCCCUCAAGAUCAGAGCAGAGACUUCCAGUAACAGAGAUUUUCGUACCCUGCAGGGCAGGCUGACAUGUGAGCGUGGGGCCAACAGAGAGCACAGAAGUUUCUGGUGGUUUCACCUCAAUGAGCAGAUAACCUCCGACUUUAAACUGGAGAACAGAAAGUGGACAGUGGAUCAUUCCGGAGACCAACGGUUAAAGGUCAUGUUGGACAGUGACAGAGAGCUGACUGAGUUCCUCAUGAGGGUCUCAGAUGGAGACUGUAUGAGCUGGCUUCAGCAAAUAUCAGAGCACUUGGAGGAAAUGCGGGAGACAACAGUGCCACCAACCACACAGCCAGACACGGUCCAGGUCCGGGCCAGGGCCAGGGCCAUCGGAUCCAGCACCUGGAUCCUCGCCCUGUUCCUCAGCUGUGCAGCCAUAACUGCCAUCCACAUUGGAGUCCUUUAGAGGGACAGGCUGCCGAAGCUACCAAGAAGCCCCUUAGUGUGGGGACCAGCUCAGCGACUCUGCCUUUGGAUGAACUGCUGUUCAUUUUUAGACAACCACUUCUGAGGUUACAAAUCCAGAGACCUCAGUCCGACCGCAUGCUGCAGCACGUGGAACCUCCCACGUCCCUUCUUGCAUUUCAUGGCUCUCCCGUUGGGCACUUUCCCUUGGCAUAUCAUAUUCUGCGUUCUCUUGGUCCUAGGUGAUGGUAUUAUAGUGCUAAACUGUUUAAAUGCUUGACCAAGAAAUCUCAAUGAAGAAAAUGUUUUCUGUCUUGUCCUUCGGUUGUGCAAUAUCAGAUUGUUCUCUGUAAGAGGACCAUGUUCCUGUGAACAGUAUAGCCAAAGAGAUACUGUUUGAAGUUACAGAAUCUCAGGGAUUUCUUUCCCUGAAAUGUACUGAGAAACAACCUCAUUGAGUUUUAAACCUAAUAGCACUAUAUAUAUGUUUUCUUCAGUAAAUUAUGUCCAUGUAUGUACAUAUAUUUAAAUAAAUAUUAUCUCUUUUUUAAAAAUUUAA